AUGGGUGAUGAAUACGCUGCUGUGAAACGAGGAAAGUUAAUAUUAAAAGGAGAUAAACCAAAAGCAAAGAAAAGGAAACACAAGAAGAAAGACAAAAGUAAUGAGUUAAAUGUUGAUGAGGAUUGUGUGAAACAUGGAGGUUGGUGGAGGGCUGGCAAGAUUGAAGAUGUAACUGGAUCAAUAUCAAUUGAGUUUGGCAAAAACACAUAUGUAUCUGCGUUGGAUAAUGGCUUGUUCACAAUCGGAGCACCACACGACGAGGGCGAUGGGCCCUCCCCAGAAGAGAUAUUCACUGCUUUUCCUGCUGGAGAGAACAAAUUCGCGCUUAAAUCUGGUUAUGGCAAAUAUCUAGGAGUUUCUAAGGAUGGAGUGGUCAUUGGCAGAUCUGACGCUGUAGGGCCAAUGGAACAAUGGGAGCCAGUUUUUCAAGAUGGUCAAACUGCAAUACUCAGUUCGUUAAACAAGUUCAUGUCAGUGAAUCCCGAGGAUGACUCGGUAGUGGCGUCCUCCCUAACAGCCGGCGAGCGCGAGUUCUGCAUCAUACGGAGCAAUAAGAGCAGGGAGACGGGCAAGGUGGUGCUGCCCGAUGAGGAGCAGGGCGAUCUGGCUGAAGUCGAAGUCAACUAUGUUAAGAAAUUUCAAAAGUUUCAAGACAAGAAGUUGCGCCUGAACGAUGGUGGUGUAUCGGAACUGAAGAAGGCCAAAAUAGAAGGCAACCUGCACGAAACACUGUUGGAUAGGAGAAGCAAGAUGAAAGCAGAUAGAUAUUGUAAAUAG